AUGUCCCAACAAGCACCUCCUCAACGUACUGAGGGUUCAUCAACACAGACCCAAACGCAAACUAUAGUUCCAGUACCAGUUCUACAUUUGCGAUCCGAGAAUGCUCGAACCGACCUGAAGACAAAACAGAAGAAGAAGUCCAAAGCACGAGUAAGGUGGACCGAGGAUGUGGUGGACAAUGAGAAUAUGAAUAAGAAGAAGACAAAGAUUUGCUGCAUUUUCCAUCCGCAACGCGAGUUUGGCGAGGAGUCCGAGUGCCUGAGUGACAGCUCAAGCGAUUCUAGCGACUCUUCUGGUGACGAAAAGGAAACACAUGAUAAAUGUUGUGAGGGGAAAGGUAACGCCUAUGAGACACAACCGCACUACAAAAACCAGAGUACACUUCCUAAAAAUGCCAUUUGA